AUGCAUGACACCAUCCUGGUCUAUGUUUACUAUGCAGCGGCUCCACUCUGGAACGGGGAGGAGGAGCUGUUUAUAGAGCCACCGUUUGCACAGGAAAGACACGGUCAAACAACGCCGGAGUCCCCCGGUCGCCUGUCCCACGACGGGGGAACGAGUUUGCGGACAGUGUUGCCAGAUUGGGCCAGAUUUCCCACCCAAUCUGGCAACAUCGCUCACGGAGAUUUUAGCUUGUUUGUCUAUAUUCCACAUCCUGUAGGAAGAACAAUUAUACAAUCAAAAGUUAAACUAGUCCACUCAUGGCUCCUCCCCCCCCCCCCCCCCCCCCCCCCCCUCCAGGACACGCUGAAGCCGGCCUUCACGGUGGCCAGCCUGCCAGGGGGCGUGGUGACCAGCGGGCAGUCCACGGUGCCCACCACCUCCACCAGCAUGCAGGUCAGCAGCUCCUUCCCCAUCACCAACUACCUGGCGCCAGUCUCGGCCGGCGGCGGCAACUCCGGCGCCAACGGGACCCUCCUGAAAGCCGGCGGCGGAGCCACCUCGGGGGUCAUGCAGCUGCCGGGGGGAUUCACGUUCAUGCCAGCAGGCACAGCCCUUCCCCCCGGCACCCCCACCAUUCCUCUGAGCCAGCUGCAGCACCACUCUCUGGCGCUGGCGGGCCAGCACGCCGCGCAGGGGGCCCAGGCCGUGUUCCGAUUCCCCGCCGCAGUCUCCCUCGCAGCGACGGCGAGCAUGCCGGCCAACAUCGUCACGACGUCGGGCUCGGCGGGUCACAUGAUGUACCCCAGCCCCCACACGGUGAUGUACACCUCCUCGCCCGCGCUGACUGACGGGGGGCUGGCCGUGCUCAACGCCUUCUCCCAGGGCUCCUCCUCCAUGCACGUGUCCCACGGCCAGGGCCAGGACUCAGGUGGCGUCCCCCAGGUGUUCCUGGCGGCCCCUCCGGGCUCGGUGCAGAUCCCCGUCUCAGCGGUGCAGCUUCACCCAAUGGUGAUUGGACAGCAGUCGAGCGGCAGUAGCAGCACACUGACGGAGCUGAAGGUGGUGAACCUGGACGCGGCCCAGGGCUCCAAGGGGGACUGACGGGCGGAGGGCGCGCCCUGCUGGGGCGGAGCCGCCGGCACCCACGGACAGACCCACUGACACAUGGGACGGACUGAGGUUUCUAUUUAUUGCUGCCUUCCUCUGCGAAACCGUACGUCACGGCGUGGCCUGGCGACACAAACACACACAUAAACAAACAGACACACACACAAUCAAGGGCCUAUGUGUUGCUUAUCCAUGUGAGUUCAUCUAAUAUAUAUUUAGAUAGAUAUAUAUAUAUCUAUAUAUAUAUAUAUCUAUUUGCUAAAUAAAUAUACUGCGCUGUUCACCACGGCAGUCAUUGUAACCUUUUUUCUAUACCACAGAUGGUGUUGUUGUGCUUGCGCAUGCUUAUUUUGAAAUGAGUCAGCGCGCGCACACACACACACACACACACACACCCACACCCCACACACCCCACACACACACACACCACACACACACACACCAGCCAAAGAGACAUUCACUUGUCUGAAUGUUCAAGUGUGCGUAGUUUGUGUAUUGCGUUUUUAAUUGUGCGUAUUUUGACAUUUGUAUUGUGGUGAGGACAUUGAUAUUGACUUUAUUUGGAAAAAAUGUACAUAGCACAUUUUUCUAAUUGAAACUUUGUAUUUUGGCCUGUUUAAGUUUGUACAACAGCAUGUCUGUUUUUGUUUAGUUUUUUUGUACGUCGUUUUGUAUCUAUAUGGAAAUGGUUUGCAUAGCGAAACGAUCAAUAAUAAUUAAUAUUUGAAGAUAAAUAAUAUACAAAGAUGAUUGUGAUUUGAGAUGUCAUUACAUCAACCCAGAUAAUUUUCCAUCUGGAAAUGAUGCGAUAGAUAGCAUCUUUAAAAAUGUGAUAUUUCGCUGAAAUAAUAUUUUACGUAUACAACGCCUAACGUAGUGAUAGUUAUUACUUCAAUAUCGUUUCAAUUAUCUGUCAACUAAAGCAAAGAAUACAGCUCAGAUUAACAACAGUCGUUACAUUUUAAACCCAGUUGAACUUCAUUGGCUGAUAUUUGCACUAUCAAGACCAUUAGCAGCAUUGAUUUAUUUAAAGGGAACCUGACCCCCUCUGUUGGUUUAAAUGGUUUGGCGGUGGCAUUUAUAUCAUAUUCCCUUGCAGGUAGCUAUUCUAUCACACUCGUGAGGUGAUUGGGUAUCAAUCAAUCAAUUUCAUCAAAUAGUGAGUUAACGAUGAAUUAAAAUCAAGGUAUUUUCUUGACACUGCUCACAAACGGCCUUAAGUGAACCCAUCAACCUGCUAUAUUGUACAAAGCAACAUGUGAAUGUAAAUCUACGACCCCUAUGCUAAGACAAUAGACUUUAUGAACGAACCGUGUCCCACUUGGUUUCCACACACAACGGUUCCGUGGUGUAGAACGACAACAUUGCCGCUGGGUACACACGCAUCGCUUGUAUUUUUGAGUGUUCAAGUUUAUAUAGAGGCUAUAUUUUGUGAAAGGAAUUAAGGCCCCGAUUAUAUGUGCAGACUGUGCACGAUUCUCCAUGAUGUUAUGAGGAUGUUUAGUAACAGAAUGAACCGCUGUGCCUUUUUGAAUUCCGCGGCUGUUUUCCCAUGACGCGCUCUUCGUACAAGGGGCCAUGUCGGAUUUGAAUCUCUUUGUAGGGCCCUCUGACGCAACAUCUGACCUAUUGCAUGAUACUCCUCACUGAGUGGGACAGGGUUUGGGAAUCCAGGUGAACACGAUGUGCCACAUGACCCGGCAUGUCAGACUGUGACUGAGAGCCAACGGGGGGGAACGCCACAUACGCCGAUGGACCCAUGCCAGGCAUCGCUGCAUGCUCAUUGGCUGGCAAACGACAGGAAGAGGUGUUGUUGAAACUACUGCUUUCUUUCCGUGCGUCUGUUCAUGUGGUUGUGCUUCGGCUUCGAUCCCCCGCAGAGCUGUUGGCUCGGUUCUGACGGGGGAAGAGACUGUUUAGGAUCAGCGGAGACCGCUUCUGUGCCGGCGUUUACACUCUGAAGUAUUAAUAACUUUCAAUAUCCUCCAUGCUUAUUUCAGUGCCACCGAGAGCUAAAAAAAAAAAAGGUAUCUAUUUUGGAUUUAUUUUUAUUUAGUCUUUUGUUUUUUGGGAUCUUUGUGUAACCUUAUGUACAGACUUUUGUAUUAAAAACAACAAACCAAGCAAUGA